AUGGACCCCCUCCCCCAUGAUAGUGAGAUGCGGAUGGAAUCAGAGUGGAACAACGGCGCGAUCAUCGUCUCUCGCUGUUGCCCAGAUGAGCAGGAGAUGCUUUCUGCGAUCGCCGAAGGGGUAGAGGGAGUUUAUAGAGUUCACCAGAUUCCCAUCGACCAAGACCGGGAUUUCCAGCCAAAAAAGAAACAGCGUCGCAUCGGCUCGUGUCCUCCGAUGGUCGCAUCUCCAAUAGACGCGCCUUUAAAUCUCCUCCUUCUCUCUUGA